ACCAGCAGCCCAGGCCACCGCAGCAGCAGCAGCAACAGCCGCAGCAACGGUAGCAGUAGUCUGCAUCGCAGUCCCUUUCUCCUUCUCCAGCGCGCUCCUCAGUCCCCGGUCACCAUGCCUAACAUCGUGCUCUUCAGCGGCAGUUCUCACCAGGACCUGUCGCAGCGCGUGGCCGAUCGCCUGGGCCUGGAGCUGGGCAAGGUGGUCACCAAGAAGUUUAGCAACCAGGAGACCAGGUGGGAGCCUCGCUGGGGCUGAGGCAGGGGCCAAAGCAUGCCCAGGCCAGCUCCGCGGGCGUCAUGCUCUCCCUUCCGGGGCGGGACGGCAACAACGCGGCUGCAGAGCCAGGGCGGCUGCGCCAGGGGAGAAAGAAGUUCAGCAAGGGACCCCCAACCCCCACCCCCAACCCGGGUCACCCUGGAGUCUCUACGCGUAUCCUCUGGCUGUUAACCUUCUGGUGGCUGGGCCUCCAAUACCCGGACAUCGGCGACCUGUCGACCCUUGGGCACCCCAGGCCCCUCUUUUGCACCGGCUCGCCUGGUGUCUUCAGUCCGGAAGGACAAAAUCGGGGCAGUUACAGAGCGUCUGGGAGAGUGGGCGCAGUCUGUGGGCAUCACUUCGGUGCCGGGAAUGGUGGGGGCGGGGAGACAUCGGUGGAUCCGCCCGCCCCAGUUUCCAACUCUCUGCCAGACAGAAACCCAGAAUCCUGCAUGGUUGAAAAGGCUCUGCACGGGUCCUGGGCACUGGGUUUAUCCCAGGGAAACUUUCGAAUGCCACUUCCAGCCGCUGGCGAUCAGAGUACUGCCAGCUGCUCAGGUGACUCUCCAGAGCAGCAGGCUGGCCAAGCGCUGCCUUAUCCAGAAAGUGUCGAGAUCGGUGAAAGUGUGAGAGGGGAAGAUGUCUACAUCAUCCAGAGUGGCUGCGGGGAGAUUAAUGACAACCUGAUGGAGCUACUCAUCAUGAUCAAUGCGUGCAAGAUUGCGUCCUCAUCCAGGGUGACAGCUGUGAUACCCUGCUUCCCCUACGCCCGGCAAGAUAAAAAGGACAAGGUAGGCGAGGGUCUGCAAAAAACUUUCUACAGUGAGGCUUCAUUCCAGACUCAUGGGCAGAUAAGAAUUUGGGGAGACAAAAACAUUCGCCUCAUGUCAGUGAAAACGAAGCUAUUGUUUGAAAACAGCACUCAGGAUCCCAUGGAUUUGAAAAAUAAAACUAAUAAAAUUAUCUGCACAAACAUAAAUUUAUGUCCUAAGAUCUCCUUGAAUAUUAAUCUAUUAUCUUAAGGAAUGAAUUCCAGAGUCUGUAAGGAACACAGUUCUUUGUUCAGUGUUUCAUCAAAAUGUGAUAUGAAGAACUUUAUUCUUUACUCAAGAUGUGAUUUACUUUAUAUGAUCAAUUUUUAUUGCAGUCAUCCAACUGUGUGCCUCAAAACCAGAGAUCAAGAACAAUGUAUAAAUGACAGAUGUGGAGAGGGGUAGUAGGGUAGGUGGGAGGUGAGACUGCUCACUAUGUAAAGCAUGUAUGUGCAAAACCACAAAACAUAUCCAAGUUAAAAUGUAUUUAUAGACAUUUGUGAAUUUCUAUUUCUAUAUACCAUGAAAUAUUAUUUACAUUUCCCCCCAACAAUUAAAUAUGCAAAAGAAACUUUGUAGCUCAUUAACAGUACCCACAUAUAUAGUAGGCUAGGUUGGGCCCACAAUUCUCACUUUGCAUUAGUUUUAUAGUUAGUUUUGUGUUAAUGUAACUAAAAGAUCUGUGCUGAGUGACUUAUAAAAUGAAGGGGUUUCUUUAGUGAGGCUGGGAGAUCCAAACAACUGGACUCUGGCAUCCUGGCUGCUGUUCACAAUAUAGAAGAAUAAUGAACUAGCCAGAUGUAAAAGGGUACGUGUGAGCAAAGGACAACCUAGUGGAGAUAGACAGCUUCAUUUUGUUUAUUAUAACCCACUCUUGUGGGAAGUUGCUCACUGAGAUGGUAAAUUUUAAUUUUAUUUGUCAACUUGACACAACCUAGAAUCACCUAAGAAGAGAAUCCUAUGAGGGAUUAUCGAGGUGAGGUUUCUCUGUGGUCUUGUUUUGGGGAAUCGUCUUGGUUAUAUUAAUUCAUUCUGGAAGAUGCAGUAUGAAAGUAGGUGACACCAUUCCUUAGGCUUGGGUCCUGGGUUGAAUGAAAGGAAAGUGUACUGCAUCUCAGUACACAUGCAUUCAUUCGCUCUGUUCUUGACUAUGGAUAUGACUAGCUGCUUGAAGUGCCUGGCCCCUCCACUUUCCCAGGAUGAUAGACUGUAUCCUAGAAUUGUGAGUCAAUUAAACCCCUUAUACUGUCUUUGUCAGGGUGUUUUAUCACAGCAACAGAAAUUAAACUGACGGGCAAGCGGUUUGAUAUAUUGCCAGCAUGAUUAAUUUGAAUCAAGUUCAUGUCCUUUGUAUUUUGUGUUUGGCUGGAGGAUAAUGGUACAUUAUGGCUUCUUCAGUAAAUUUUGUUCUUACAAGGGUCCUGUCCAAUUGUGGGGCAUAUGUUCGAACUCCAGAUUCUUCUUUAAGGAAUACAAAUAUUGAGACACAUUUGGUGGUGAUUGUUGACAUACUGAUACAUGGUAACCUUUUCUAAAGUCAAAUUUCCUAACUUCUUCUUUAUUCCAAAUUUAUGACAGAGAAACUAGCUCUGCCUGCCACCUGCCACCUGUCAUUUGCAUUGCAGGAAAUGUUUUGGUCUUUUGCUCUGUCCCCUGAUUGCAAGCAUUGCCCCAACUACUAUGCCAGCAAAGAGAGCUCUAUGGGCUUCUCAAACACCAGUAAAUUUGUUAUAUAAUUUUUUAUUAUAUCUAGUGGUGUGUGUGUGUCUGUCUGUCUGUCGUGUGUGUGUGUGUGCAUGCGUGGUGUGGUGUGUCUGUGUGUAUGCAUUUGAAGGUCAGGACAACUUGUGGCCAUUGCUUCUCGCCUCCACCAUGUGAGUCCCAGGGAUUAAACACAUGUCAACAGGUUUCAUUGCAAGUGCCUUUACCAACUAAAUCAUCUUAACCUCACCCUCUCCCACCCCCAGUGGCUUUAAUUGUUUUCAGAACUGCACUGUGUGACCAGCUAUCUACCAGUUUCCCCAUUGUCAAACAUUUAGAUAUGUUUUCCAUUUGGAGCCAUUUUGAACCUGGGUCCCAUGCCUUUCCAAACUUAGCUGCUAAUGCACAAGAUAAGACUAUCAUCAAGCAGCAUUUGAUCGAAUGGCAUUUGAGAGACAGUAAGUGCAGCUCAGGAAACUGUCACUUACUGGUGGAGAGAAGAAACAGGCCUGCAACAAAUGGCUGUAAACAGAAUGGCUUAAAACAGCAGCCGUGUGCUCUUGCACAACUCUGGAGUCCAACAUUGCCAAAUCAGGGACCAACAUUUGACCGAUACUGAUGGAUAGUAAAUGAAAUUGAUGAUGGAUAAGGUGAACAUGUUCAGGCUUGGUUAAGCUUUGAUGUAGUGCUGGUUUCCAAUCAUUGAUCACCUCCAACAGGAUGCUCUAGAGAUUAAAAGGAAGUCAAAGGCUGACUGUGCCAGGAAACAAGUGUCCACUGCUCACACUGUCCUCAGCAAGUCUUGUACAGGUCUGUAGCCUAAAGUAGCCUUAGAGGGAGUCAAGACCCAUGGAUUUUUCUGGAGUCAUGGCUUCCUUUAUUUUUAAUCUUACUUAAGUCUCUGUAUGUGUGUACGUGUGUAUCUGUACAUAUGCUAUAGCACACUUGUAAUCAGAGGGCAAUAUUUUGGAAUCAGUUUUCUCCUUCUACUUUUAUGUAGGUCUAGGUCAAGCUUGUCUAGGUCAGGCUUGUAUAACAAGCACUCUCACCUGCUGAGCUCCCUGGCUAGCCUUUUCAGCCAUGACUUCUAAUGGAUCCGGGUAGUCAGCAUGAUUCAAACUAUAGUAAGGAAACAGUUUACAGUUUCAUUCUUGCAUCCAAUUGAAUCUGUCAAUCUGCCAUUCAAUGUGUAACAUUUGCAUUCUGUGAAGUUUUAAAAACUGACGUCUUCCUUUCAACCAUGCAGCUUAGCCUGAUGCUGGGUGGGCACUGAGAAUUUGGUAGGAGAAAGAAGAAAUGACCAGAACCUGGUAAGGUACUUCAUUUCUUAGUCCACUGUUCCCAUAUCUCAGUGUCUGGGGACUGUGAGGACACCAACCAUGAUUUGAGAUGGAGGAAGGUACUUCCUACUUCCUUUUUGAUUUUUUUUUCAACUUUUUUUUUUCUGCUUCACUUAGGGAGGCAGAAAGCCAGGUGGUAUUUGGAUGUCAUAGAAAGCCAUGUGCUACAUUUAACCUAGACAGAAUAUUCUUGUUGGCUACAGGAGGAGCUCUGGGCAGCCCUCCCAGGCUGUCUAUUGUUCUUUUCUCUUCCUUUGGGACCGUAUUGCCCACGGCCACUAAUAGCACAGUGAAGUUCUGUGUAAUUGCCUCUACCAAGAAGUACCAGUGGAAAGAGCCCAGAAAAAAAUCUCAGGGCUUUAAAACAUUUUCCAAACUUGUUUCAUGUCUUUUUACCCUUUGCACUAUGAAUAUAGAAAGGUUUAUCUAGCUUUGAUUUGUAAGUACCAGAACCCAAGCGCAGCUUCUCACAGGAAAGAAAUGGUUUCAUAAAUGACCACUUAACACAAUGGAAUAUUCACACAGGAAACUGGCAGUGAUGUCAUAGUAAUUGUCAAAGGCAUGAUGUAAGCCCUGGAGUUGCAGCUUUGCAAUGAAGUAGGCUCAGUUUUGAAUUCAAAUACCAUAAUUCACCUGGUUUGCCCUUUUUAAAACAUAUUUAACCUCUGCACCUUUGGUUUCCUUACUUGUAGACUAAGGACCAUCUUAGCUGGUACAGUUGAAGCUCCUAGCCUAUCAUACACAAGUGAACAAGCUUUCUGAGAAGCACCAAAUAUUGGUGUUGUAGCCCAUUGGAUGGUUAUGACACUUCAACUUCCAUCAUUUUAGUGUGGAGACUGCCAUAGCCAAUACGCAAAGAAAUGGGUGUAACUGUCCCAAUGAUGCUUCAUUUAUGCACACUGAAAUAUGGGUUUUAUGUCACCUUCACAUGCUACAAAAAUCUUAUUUUUGUCUGUUUUCCAAUGCUUUUAUAAGAGACCUUUCCUAGCUGCAAACCAGGAAUCAGGCAAUUCUAACCUACCAGCUGACAUUUGCUGGGUCCUGUAGUAGACACUCAGUAAUUGCUAGUUCUCUUCCCUGGAGAGAACAGUGGAUUGCGAGCCAGGCAGGGAAUAAUUACUUCUGAGAGAGUGAAGAAGGGCUGUCACCUUGAAUUUUUUUUUAGAGUCAUGUAUAAGAUUAUGUUGAUAUUUUAAUGAUAAAGUGGUUGACACAAGUAAAUUUCUUUAAUCUUGUAAUCUCUGUAUGUGUUUGUAUGUUUAGGGGAAUGUGUGUCUGUGUGUAAGUCCUGCACACUUCCAUGUGCCUGAGAAAGUGCAUGAACUCAGACACCAUUUUUCUGGUGUCUGGUGCUGCCUACCUUUUGUGGGUUUGUUUUUGUUUUGACUUGAUGAGAUUUCUCACUGGCCUGAAACGUGCCAGGUAGACAGCCUGAGAGCAUCAAACCUGUCCCCUCCUUCCCAGCACAGGGUCGAUAAUGCCACAGCAUUUUGAUGUGGACUCUGAGCUUGCACUCAGCUGUUCAUGCUCACAAGGCAAGUGCUUUGCCUACGUUAAAUGCCACACUGAUUGUUCUCUCUACAGGCUUAUGGUUUGAAUGAGAGUGGCCCUCUGGGUGUAUAUGUUUGAAUGCUUGUUCUGAAGUUGGUGGGACUGUUAAGGAAAGAUUGGGAAAUGUGGCCUUGUUGGAUGAAGUGUAAAGGUUUAUCAGUGGGGCGUCUUUGAGGUUUGAGAAGCCCAUGUCAGGCCAGACCUCUCCCCCCUCUCUUUCUCUCUCUUUGUAUCUAUCUCUUAAUCAUGGAUGAGCUAUAAGCUCUCAGCACUACUCUAGUACCACACCUGCCUUCCUGCUGCCAUACUCCUUGCCAAGACAAUCAUGGACUUACCCUCUGAAAGUGUUAGCAAUCCCCCAAAUUAAAUGCUUUCUUUCCUAAGUUCCAUUGGAAGCCAUAUCUGAGGACCUGGAGCAGACUUCUGUUGGCCCCAUGCUUGCUGCUUCCUUCUCUGAGUUCACAAGAUCUUUGCUUAGUUGAUUUAGAGGGCCUUGUUCUCUUGGUGUUCUCCAGCCCCUCGGGCUCUUCCACACAGUUCCCUGAGCCUUGAGGGAAGGGAUUUGAUGGAGACAUCCCAUUGAAACCUGAAUGUU